AUGAUUACUGAAAGUGAUUUAAAAGACUUAGGUUUAAAUUAUUAUGAUAUUAGUCAAUUUAAAAAUAUUAAGAGAAUUGGUGGCGGAGCGUUUGCAGAUGUGUAUCAUGCAGAGUUAAUAAACUCGAAUUUAAAGCAUGUUGCAUUGAAAAUCUUCAGUCAAGUUGAAGUAUCUGAGGCUUCUCGAAAAGCUAUAUUAAAAGAGGAUGAUCCAAAAAAACGUCCUACUAUUGAUAAAGUUGUAGAUGAACUUAGGUGA